AUGAAUUGCGAGACGAAAAGCACAAUCAAGUCCAAAGCUGCCGAAGCAAAAGCAGUCAUCUUCAUCUCUGACGACGAACAUGAUAAAUCUAAGCCUUGCACUUCGGCUCGCCCCAUCGUCUCCUUUGGACCCAGCAGCACCAUCAUUAAUAGUGGGAGCGAUAGUGACGUCGAGCCUUGUUUUGAGAGGUCUCUCAAGUCUACGGCUAAGUCGUCACCUCGCCCUUCAUGUACCACCAAUUCGAACAAGCGUUCUUUUACUUAUCAAUAUACCUCAGAGAAAGUGCCGGAGCAAAAAUCUAAGCGACACGCAUCAUCUAAAAUUCCGGAGGCUAAUCACUCGCCGCCGAUUUACCAAACCGGUGGUCUGAAACCUAUAACACCCUCAUCGGCCAUCAAAUCGUCUAUGAAUGCGUCCUUGGUAUUUGACAUGGUAACUUCACUAAGUACGAAUGAUCCGGGGGCAGCUAUCGCGACAUUGAGAAGCGUUGUGGUACUCGGUAGAGAGUAUCCGUCGGAUCUACUUUAUGCUGAACUCAUUGACCGUAUUCAAAGUCAUGAAGCUAUUGCGUAUAAUGACGCUGUGGCAAUUUACGGGGCGCUUGUGUUUGUGUUUGACAAGGCGGUAUCUUGCAGCUGUGCUCCAACAUUUCCAAACCAGUGGGAGCCAUUGGCAACAGCAUUACAGGAAGUGAGUGGCAAUGGACGAGUAGGGAUCGACGGGAAACCUCAAAAAGACGAGCACUGGCGGCGCAACUUGCUUGUUGUUCAGUUUCUUAUCUAUUGUUUUCAGCAAGAUAUGUUUGCGUGUCGUUUGCGAUACGAGCGUCUGGAAGGUAAAGCGUGGCUUUUUCACACUCGACUAUUUGCGUUGUUGCAGAGUGAUCUUACCACUUUGGGAUCGGCGAAAGCAAGAUCAAAAUCACGAAUCAAGUCCACCAAAAUGCGCAAUAACAAUCUUAUAUUUUGCGCGAUCGGUUGGGGACUACAGCUAUGGAAACGCGUGUACGAUGAUGAGGAUCAUGAGAAGAAAAAGAAGGUCAAAAAUAGCGAGAAAGAUAACAAAUCGAGCUUGUUUCUUCGGCAGGAAGGCGAACAGGCUUGUUUGUCAGUCAUUCGUCUUAUUGAAAUGCUCUACAUGUGCACAGACCAACAUAUGAAUGCGUUACAGCGUGUCCAAGUAGGUUUGGGGGAACUAAAACGGCCCACCCGCAUCAAAUUUGCACAGAGUCUUCAACUCCCUGCUCUGCGGACGCAACUAUCAUCUACCAUGAUCGGGCUAUCAAAUAAAUCUAGAAAUACCGAAACGGAAUGGUAUGAGUGUAAUGCCCUUGGACGUGUCGAAUUGGCGAUGAGUUCAAAUUAUAACAGUGAUCUCACACACACUGAUGGCUACUCCUGGUCUCACUUUGACAGUUUUCUUGGUCUGGAGCCGCAAAAUAAUUUGACUGAUCUACUCCAAGAAAUCUCACGCAUGCAGCACCAAUAG